AAUACAAGACCAAGCCAGCUUGGAGUAGACCAGCAAUUCAGGACUUGUGUCCGAAUUACCGAUCCGCCACUGGAUGCAACGUUUCAAGCAGAGCAAGAAGAGCUCAUUGAUGCUCCUUUGGCUGUCAAAUGAAAAGUCCUUUGUGAGGUAUCUGUUUUGGACAAUGAGGAUGAGGCAGAGGAGGAGGGGGACUAGAGAAGAUGAGCGGCGAGGGAUAGCGAGAAAAGCCUGAAUGGAAGUUUACAGCGAUGCUGCUCUUGGCCAAUCACAGCGUGCGGCUGUCAUCUGGGCUUUGUGAUUGGAUGCUGGUCAGAGGCAAUGAGAGAAGUGGAGAGAGGAAGGAGGAGGAAGAGCAACCUCUUCAUCAUUCCAUCUAUGCUUUCUGCGAUGGAAUGCCUUGCACACGGCACCAUCAUGACAACUGCUUUUUCGCAGCAGGAGGAGGGAGACUGAGCGGCCGACGUCGUGGAUUCUUAUUCCUGUCAUUCCUUUCCUUAUUCGCUUCUUCCUCCUCCUCCUCCUCCUCCUCCCCUUUUUCCUCCUCGCCAUCCUGACACCUCGUAAGACCUGGCCUGCCGCCAGGAUGGGCUGUCACCUCACUCGGGCCAAGGCUCGCCAAUCAACCCGCCACAGGUACCAUGAUGAGCAACAGCACUUCGUGGACCAGUAUGGACAGCCAAGUGGCAUGCAGGUGGAGGGCAAAAAGAAGCGGGGUCACCGGAGAAGACCAGUGGAGCACAGAACCCCCUCGGAAAGACACUGGGAAGCACUGAGAGACAUGGGUCUCGUGGAAGUCGAGGAGGGGAAAGGCACAUGCACUGGACACUUAUAUGACAAUGUGUACACUGCCAAUGACAUCUUGAUGUCACCUGAUGUCUAUCCAACCAACGGUUACCUGACCAGAGGUUCCACCUCCCAGCAUCACACUACCAACUACCUGCCAAAUGUUUCCUACAGCUUGGACCAUCUGGACCGCCUGGACUACCAGGCUCCAGAAAUGUCGUCAUAUCAGCCCAAUUCCGAGAGUUGUCUUCUUGGCUGUUACAACUCUGGAGAAAUGAAUAAGAACUUCUCAAGACAGUCCAACUACUGCGCCCCCUGGCGUCCUCUGGGCUACAUUCCCCUCAAUGAGCUGGACAGCAAACUGAGUUGCGACCCAGACAGUCCACAUCGCCGGGUGGUGCUCUCCGAAGCAGAGACUGACGCCAUGUCGUCACUCCCGGGCCACACUCCCUCCUCACAGGGCUCCUCCUCUUCCUCAGAGUCUCUGGUUUCUUCAGAACCCAGUGACUCAGGAUUCCACAGUGUUAGCACCGGCGAGCAUAGAUGUCUCCACAAGAUCCAUAGACACUCCCAUCACCUACACUCGGGCCACUCUCCUCACGAACAGAGAGGCUGCUGGGAUCUGGAGUCUAUCCCCGAGACAAUGCCGUUGAGUCACACGAGGUUGCAGCCGUCGUCCUGCUGCACAGUGGCCAACAGCACAACCACCACGGUGCACUUCCACCAAGCUGAGAGGAGUCCAACUUUGCCACGCAACCGCUCACCAUCUUCACCUUCAUCUGGUUGCCGUACAGAGCCAUGCCAGCGGAGGGCGCUGUGGCUGGAGAAGCGCCAAGCAGCUGGGGGCUGGACCAUUGAGGUGCCGGGACGCAGUCAGACUCUAAUGGAUUUGAGUGAGGCCCAACGACACCGCAGGGCAAGUCACCCAAUGAAUAUUGAAUCAAAGCAGGUACUGAAGCAGUCUCAGAGGAACCAACCACAUUCAACCAAUAACACCCUGGUACUGAGCAGCCAAGCCAGUUAUCAUGCUCACCUCAUCACGAAUAGAACCAGCCGGACCAGUCACCCUAACACAACCAGAACCGUGCAGAGUGCAACAAGCAGCAGGAGGGAAGAUGACUCAAGGUGUCAUGGUUUGUUUUCUUGUGGUCCACCAGACUGGCGAGUGUUUCAGACUCUGGGAAAUCAAGCCAGAAUCCCAAAAACGUCUACUGGUCCAUAUUACAACACCUUGGGAGCACACCAGAAACCCCGAUCUCCACCUUCCCCACACUGUCGGCAGUCCAAUCAGAAGUCUGUCAGGAAUCAACUGCUCCGGGCCAGAGCUUACAGGCUGGCGAAGGAACGCAGUGAGGUCACCACGGACGAGGAGGUGCGUGGGGAAUUGGAGCAACCGGGGGACCACCUUGGGAUUGGCGAGUCCUGGGCUGGCCGGUACUGCAACCGGGCUGAGAGGAGACGUCACCUUGUGCUGUCACGGCAACUCAGAGAGCGACGCAAUGGUGAAGAGGCUGCGGCAGGUGGAGGUCAGAGCUCGCUGUCAUCCCAGAUGGUUCUGGAGUUGAGCCACAGGAAGCAGAACCGACUGAGGAACAGCAAGCUGCUUGAUGAUUGGACAACGGUAGAGGAACUACUCACCCACGGGACCCGAGUGGAAGUGGACACUCAACUGUGUCCUAGCCCUCUGCUAUCUGUUACUACUGUCUGAGGGAUUGGAGCCUUACAUCUGAUGAGGCGAGAUCGACACUUUGUUCCACUUUUUUUGUUGUCUCAUCAUCAAUAAAAGUCAGGUGUCAAUGUUGACACAAAUUGUGGACCACAAGAGAA